AUGGUGAUCACAACCGUGCUGGGCUUGUGGCAGCCUAAAAGGAGAAAGGAUUUGGAUCUGGAUCUACAUGACACAGAGAAAAAAGGAGCAGGCCACACCACAGAUGUGGCCCAUGGAUCCAGGCCUCCAACAAACAGCCAGAGAUUAUCCCAGAAAGACAAUGGCCGUCAGUCCCGGAGAGGACCCAAGACUCCUUUGGACCAAUCCCAUUCCAAGAACCAGUCACCAUCCCCUCUGGGAACUCCCCCAACUAGAGACAUCAUCGAGAAAAGUGGUAACCGGCUGCGGACAACUCAUUCUGGGGAACCAAGGUUGAACACUGGGUCAUCUGAUGGGAGGGAUAUCCCCAGUCGGGGGACAGUCACCCCCAGGAAACAUGGGUCAAGAGGCUCCUCUCGGUCAAGCCGGAUGAGCUCAAGAGAGGAGGUGCAUUCUUCCAAGGGAGCAGAGGAUUGCAGGGUACCUAAGGCUGAAGGGAAUGACAACUCUGGUACUGAGUGCCAGUCUGGUAUGGUUGGCAAAAGUGUCAGCUGCAUCCCCAACAAUAUCCGGCACAAGUUUGGGAGCAACACAGUGGAUCAGCUGGUGACUGAGGAGCAGGCUCGAAGGGCCAUAUAUGAAGUGAUUGAGGGACAGAAGCGGGUGAGCAGCCGUGUGAGCAAGCCUCGAAGUUCGAUGGAAUCCUCAGCGUUCGCGGAUUAUUAUGAGCUGGGAUACAAUAUGAGAUCCAACAUAUUCCAAGGGGUUUUGACAGGGCCCCCCAUGGAGAUAAAGAGCUUAAUGAAGGACUCCUACACUGCGGAUGUGAUUGAGAGAGCUGUGAGGGACCCCCAGCAUUGGUAUGGGAGGAAGACAGAUGACCUUGGGCGGUGGCAUCAGAAGAAUGCCUUAGACCUGAAUCUGCAGAAGGCUUUGGACCAGAAAAUUGGAGAAAGGAGCAAAAACUUGAAGCAGGAAGUUUUAAGAAAAGGGCAUGCUCUCCCUCCUAGAAGGAGUUAAU